AUGAUGUCCAGCCAUACGGUGAAGAGAAGGAGAUUGAGCCCCUCUCCAGAUGGAAAUGCCCAUAAUGAAAAAUCAAAAGCGCCAGAAACGAGUGCUAGCGCAAACCGAAUACCGAGAACGAAUGCAAUGAAAUCAGCAAAUUCACUCAGCCAAACCGGGCGUUCUGCGGAUAUGGCACUCGCUAGCGGACUCUACAAGUCUAGCUUUUUCAAGUUACAGUUAGACGAAUUGACUGCGGGGUCAAGGCCGAACUAUGAUAAACAGCUUGCGACACUCAAAGACACCCUCCAUGGCUUGAAGGAGUUAAUUGAGCGCCUUCCUGAGCGACCCGCGAAGUCGCUAUUGGAAGCCGACAAGGAAAUGCGAACCGUUCACGGUCUAAAUAUCCCAUAUCCUGAACCGCGCCCAGGCAAGGAUACGAAGUACUCAGUUGCGUACAGUCGGCCCUCGAACGUCAAUGUGGUUGGGAGUUUUGCACUUCGGACAGGCUUGAAGUCGCCGGGGUCAUAUGUUGUCGACAUGGCAGUGACGAUGCCAAAUUCUGUCUUCCAGGAGAAAGAUUACACCAACUAUCGCUACUUUCACAAACGUGCAUAUUACGUUGCCUGCAUUGCUGCUGGCAUCAAAGACGAUAAGAAGGCCGCCCUGGACGUCAAAUUCGACCUCCAAGAUGGAGACGAUCUCCGUCCAGUCAUCCUUGUACAACCUAGAGCUUCUUCCAAAGCAGAUAACGGGCUUUCAAAGUUCCUCAUCCGCAUCUUUACGGCAAUUGACGAUACAUUGUUCCCAGUCUCGCGUACGCUGCCAAUGAAGAACAAUAUACGCAAUGGAUCUAAGAGUGAUAAUGAUGGGCAAGAAUCCACUCCGGUAUACAACUCUUGCCUUCGCUCGGAAGCCACCGUUGCGCUUUAUAACAAGCUUCUGUCCUCAGCUGCUCAAAGCUGUGAGUCUUUCAAGGAUGCGUGCCUCCUUGGCCGGAUAUGGCUCCGGCAGCGCGGGUUUGGUUCAUCGUUCCAUAAGGGGGGCUUUGGGGGAUUUGAAUGGUCUGUGCUUAUGUCCCUUUUACUGGAAGGUGGGGGUCCGGCUGGGAAACCAAUCCUCCUUCGAUCUUAUAGCAGUUAUCAGUUGUUCAAAGCUACGGUACAGUUUCUCGCCGCGAAAGACUUGACAGACCCUUUACUGUUAUCUGCGUCUGAUAUUCACUUUCCAAGCGGUGCGCCCGUCGUUUAUGACGGCAAGAGAGGACUGAAUGUUCUCUACAAAAUGAGCCCGUGGUCAUACUCUUUCCUCCGCCGUGAAGCAAACACCACUCUCAAAAUGUUAAACGAAUCGCGAGACGAUAACUUUCAGCGAGUUUUUAUCUUCAGGAUAGAUGAACCUCUGCUUAGGUUUGAUCGACUUGUCACACUUCCGAUGACCGGGCUCAGUGAUGCUCAUGCAGCGUUUCGCAAACAGAACGCGAUUUAUGAGGUGCUUAUGAAAGCGCUUGGGGAUAGGGCGAAUUUGAUAUACAUUUUUAGCUCCCCUACCAACCCUUGGUCACUGGAAUCAAAAUCUAAUCGAAAACAGGGGAUCCGCAGCCUGUCGGUGGGCCUGCUGUUGGAUUCUGAGAACUCUACCCGCGUCGUUGAUCACGGCCCGUCUGCAGAGGAGAAAGAGGCAGCUGCGGCCUUUCGGUCAUUUUGGGGCGAAAAGGCAGAGCUUAGGCGCUUCAAAGAUGGCAGCAUCCGCGAGAGUUUGGUUUGGUCCGAAGACCCAUCGUCGUCAAUCGUGCAUCAAAUCCUGGUCCAUGUCUUGAAGCGUCACUUCGAUUACAGUGAGACAGUUAUACGAUUUAUCGGGGACGAGUUCGAUACUGAGCUUCGGAACAACGGUGACGGCGUUUUGUCGUAUUCCAGUCCUGCAUUCCAGCAAAUUAUUGAUGGCUUUAGCUCCCUGGAGAAAUCAAUCCAAACUAUGGAAGGCGUCCCACUGACCGUUAGGCAUCUCGCGUCAGCUAGCCCACUACUUCGAUACACCGCACUACAUGUCGAUCGAAGCACUGGCGCGGUUCCUGCUCCGGCCGACGUUGUCCUCCAAUUCGAAAGUUCAGCACGAUGGCCAGACGAUCUUGUAGCCAUUCAAAUGACCAAGGUGGCUUUUCUUGUAAAGAUCGGAGAUGCCUUAACCGAAACUGGUGAAUUUUCUUCAUGUCUAGUCGGACUGGAGAAUGAGCAAAGCAAAAUACUCAACAAUGCAUUCCUGGAUGUUACUCAUGUCUCUGGAAUCGUGUAUCGCCUCAGAAUCCAUCACGAUAGGGAGCAAACGUUGUUGGAACGCCGACUCAAGGACCAGGCCGCUAGCCCGCAAACUAAGCAGGAGGUAGCAUAUGCACUCGCUGCCUACAAACGACAGUUUGUCCAGUCACCCCGUCUCUCGCAAGCUAUGCGAACCCUAUGUACCCGCUUUCCACUUCUGUCUCCUACGAUUCGUCUAGUCAAAUACUGGUUCAGCUGCCAUCUAUUCGAUGCCCACAUCAACGAGGAACUCGUUGAGCUAAUGGUGGUACGGACAUUUACCCAACCACACCCCUGGGAGGCUCCCUCGAGCGUCAUGGCCGGCUUCCUGCGGACACUCCAUUUUCUUUCACGAUGGGAUUGGCAAGAAGAGCCGAUGCUUAUCGACGUUGGCGGAGAACUCAACCAAAGUGCCAUGGAAGCAAUUCGGACGCGGUUCGCCGCCUGGCGAAGCAUUGACCCAGCAAUGAACAGUGUUUCCAUGUUUGUCGGAUCCGAUAUCGACCCGGACGGUGUGACAUGGACACAGUACGAGAUGCCCGCGAAGGUGGUUGCGGCAAGAAUAUGUACUCUCGCAAAAGCAGUUACGAAGCUUGUACAAGAACAGGGACCCGAACUUGAUGUCUCCCAACUCUUCAUCCCCGCCCUGGAACCUUACGACUUCCUCAUCCAUCUGAGCCCGAAAUUGCAGCAAACUCGCUCAACAGCUGCCGCCAAGUUCAAGAACCUGAAACCCUCGAAUGACCCAACGAGGGCCGACAAGGACGCAAUAGUCAAGGCCUUUGUCCGUGACUUGCAGGCUUGCUUUAGCCCUAACAUUAUCUUCUUCUCCGGAAAUGAACAGUCUGAUUUCAUUGGCGGCCUUUGGAACCCAGUGACCUUGAAACCAAAGACCUGGAGUCUGGGCCUAGCCUAUUCAACUGUGCCCGCGGACGCAACUGUCUCUAUCAACCGUGGUGCCAUGUUGAAUGAGAUUUCCCGCUUAGGCUUGGGUGUGGUUAGCAGCAUCGAAGUCCAAAACGAGUGA